AUGAGCUGGAUGCCCCCUCCACCCCCCAAAUAGUGGCGCUGAUCCUGUCCCAGCUGCAGCCGCUCCUCCAGGGCUUCAACCGCUCCCUGGAGCUUCUGACCCGGCAGGUGGGGGACCUGGCCCGGGACGUGGCCCAGCUGAAGAGCCUCCCUCUGCGGGACGAGAUACUGGCGGAGCCCCAAGAUAACCCUGGGCUGGACGAGGCCACGGAGCAACGCCUGGAGGCCAAACUGGAGGAUCACAUCAGGGAGGUCCAGAGGCAUUUAGAGGACCAGCGGAGCCACAUGGAGCACAGGCUGCACUCCCAGCAUGCAAUGCUGCACUACAACCUCACCAACUUUAAGACGGACAUCGACGUGAACUUGAAGCGAAACCAGAAGAUGCUGCAGGUCAGCCUACAGGCCAUGAACGCCACCCUGACGGAGCUGAAGCUGGUCCAGGACCUGUACCAGGACCUGGACCAGGAUCAGGAUCUCCCCUCUCCUCCCUCCAUGUCUACCCGCCGCCCACUGAUGCAGUCCUCAGACACGGCAGCGCUCUGGGAGGCCGUCGAGCGUCUGGACAACAUGGUGGUCAACAACACGGUGAAGACAGGAUGGGACACCUCGGUGCGCGUCGCGGGAGAUCGGCGGCCGGGGGUCAGGGGGGUGGUGCGGGACGCAAGGAAACAAGUGAAGGAAAAGUGGAUGCACGUUAAGCAACACGGAUGCAGCUUUGGACUCAUGUAUUUGUCUCUUCUGCUCCCAGGAAUGGUUUCCGAUCAGCCUUCAUCCUCCUCAUCCUCCUCACACCCCCUCGCUGACAUGAGGAGGAGCAGCAGCUCAGGAUCUGCAGCACGCGAGCGUCAGCAGCUCCUCCUGCAGCCCGGGGGGGACGGGGGAGACCUGUGGAAGCUGGAGCAGAGGGUGGAAGAGCUGGGGUUAAAGCUGCUCAGCCUGCAGGAGGAAAGGGAGGCGCCCCCCGCUGGUGUGGAGGCCAAACUGCAGGCGGAGGUGCAGUGGCUGAGGAGAGGCCUGGAGGAGCACCUGAAGGUCUUCAAGAACGUGUUCAGUAACGCUGAUGUGUUGAUGAGCUCCGACGCAUCGCUGCAGCUCGACCAGCUGUGGCAUCUGCUGAAGGAGAAACAGGGGAGGAAGGAGAGGAAGAGGGGAGGACACAAGAGGAGCAGGAGGGAGGACUCAGGCUCCGUCUCCUCUCCAGUUGUGGCCCCGGGCCCCUCCAGUCUCUCGGGGGCCUCCCUGCUGAUCGUGGCCGGAUCUCCUCGCAGCGUUUCCAGCGUCCUCGUGUUUGAAACGUCCUUAAACCGCGAUCAGGUUUACUCUGACAGCGGCGUCUUCACGGCUCCUCUGAGCGGGGUCUACCUGUUCUCCCUCACCCUGGACCUGAGGCCUGGACCCACACAAGUGAUGCUGAGGAGGGGGGGGGCCGGGGGGGUGCCGAUGCCCCUCCGUCGACGAGGGGGGGGCACAGAGGGGCCCGUCACCGGUGCGGUGGUCCUGCCGCUGAGGAGGGGGGAGGAGGUGAGGCUGGAGAUAAAAGAAGGAUCGUUGAGGGAGUCAAGGGAUACCGUGUUCAACGUGCUGCUGCUGCACCAAACCACAUGAGGGCGCUGUGGGCAAAACAGACUUUUUAAAAUCAAUUUUAUUGUACAAAAUGAGAUUCAAUUGCAAAAUCUCCAAAAAUGUCACAUUUAAAUAGGGGUUAAUACAGUACAAAAACAACUUAACGGUCCCCUAUUAUACUGUUUUUCCUCAGUAUAUUAUAGGUCUCAGAUAUAUAAACCUGUCUCUGAAGUGUUUUG